GAGAGCAUCAGUCGCUGGAAUACAGGAGCGUGAACGAUGCCUGUCUGAGGGCUGUCAAGGGCUGCACAAACACUGACAUUUGGACACAAAAGUUUUUCAAACUUAUUUUCCAAUAGAGGAGAAUUUUACAUCAGAGACACUCCAUUCCUCGUGUGUCGCAGUAAGCGUCUAAGAGGGGGCCCUGCUGUGAGGAUCUAAACGUUCCCCCCUUGGCUCCGCGGCCCCCCUGCGGCCCCCCUGCGGCCCCCCAGCGGACAUGAGAAUGGCCAGCUUGUUCCGGGAUCGCCGUGCUGUGAAGCAUGCAGAACCAGAACCACAAGAACCAGAACCACAAGAACUGGAACCACCAGAACCAGCCCACCACCCCCCUCCAGAACACCACCACCCCGGCCACGACUACGACCACAUGAAGGAUAAGUUCAUGAACGAACUGGGCAGACUGCCUUUACCCAUGUGGGCCGUGGGAGCCAUCGUGGUGCUGGUGCUGGCCCUGGUCAGCUGCUUCAUCUUCUGCUUCUUCAAGAAAUGCUUUGGCAAGAAGAAGAAACCGAAAAAGACCCGGGAGAGGAAGGGCGGCCGGCGGAGGAGAGGAGACAAGGAGGGAGAAGGAGAGGGGGGAGAGAAGGAGGGUGAGGAGAAGAAGGAAGGAGAAGGAGAGGAGAAGGAGCAGGAGAAGCUGGGGAAACUGGAGUUCUCCCUGGACUACAACUUCACAGACGCCCAGCUCAUAGUAGGUAUCCUCCAGGCCCAGGACCUGGCUGCCAUGGACAUGGGAGGAACCUCGGACCCUUACGUCAAAGUCUACCUGCUGCCAGACAAGAAGAAGAAGUACGAGACUAAAGUCCAGCGCAAGAACCUGUGUCCAGUUUUCAACGAGACCUUCAUCUUCAAGAUCCCCUACGCAGAGCUGGGGGGAAAGACCCUGGUGAUGCAGGUCUUCGACUUUGACCGUUUCUCCAAGCACGACGUGAUCGGGGAGAUCAAGAUCCCCAUGAGCAGCGUGGACCUGGGCCAGCCCAUGCAGCAGUGGAGAGACCUGGAAGGAGGAGAGAAAGAGGAGCAAGAGGUGCUGGGGGAUAUCUGCAUCUCCCUGCGUUAUGUUCCUACUGCUGGGAAGCUCACUGUCAACAUCAUGGAGGCUAAGAACCUGAAGAAGAUGGAUGUUGGCGGCCUGUCAGAUCCCUUCGUGAAGGUGGUGCUGCAGCAGAACGGAAAACGGAUCAAGAAGAAAAAGACGACAGUGAAGAAGAACACGCUAAACCCGUACUUCAACGAGAGCUUCAGCUUCGAGAUCCCCUUCGAGCAGAUACAGAAAGUGCAGGUGGUCAUCACAGUGUUCGACUACGACAAACUGGGGAGCAACGAUGCUAUCGGCAAGACCUUCAUGGGGUACGGAGCCACAGGGGUCGGCCUCCGCCAUUGGUCAGACAUGUUGGCCAAUCCCAGACGCCCCAUCGCCCAGUGGCACACGCUCCAGCUGGAGGAGGAAGUGGACGCAGCGCUGAAGGUUCCGCCUCGCUGAAACACAAGAACAUUUUGUGUUAUUAUUUAUGUACUUUUAGGCCAUUUUGGUCUGUUUUUUUCUUCUUCAGUAUGUAUGUACGGUAUAUAAAUGUAACUUUCUUUGUGUUAUAAGUUGUUAUUUGUCAGGUCAUGUAGUUGUCCAUCUGAGAGCGUGUGCUUGUUAUUUUUUAUUUGUCUGUUCGUGAAUUCAGUUGAUUGUUUUUCUUUUCCUUUUUACAUUUUUC